GUCCUUGGCUCUGUGACACACGUAACGGCAGCUCAGUAGCUCCCCAGCUGCUGAUCGAUCGACUAUGAAGCCGGCCGCGAUCCCAACACAGCCGCGAAGAUGAUGCCCCGGCAGCCCUAUGCACCAACACCGCAUAGCUACAUCCCAAACACAACACUCUCAGCUACCAUUAAUCUAGAUGAGGAGGUCAAGUUAGCCGACACACGCGCCGAGCGCGAUUUACAGGACUCGCUCGCUGAGAUAUUCAGCAUCAUUGUCACCCUUGACGAGCUCGAAAAGGCCUUUCUUAAGGAUGCGAUUCCCGAAGCCGACUAUACCGAGAUCUGCGAGCGGUCCCUGAAGCAGUACAAAUCCAUCCUGGCAGACGAGACCGUGUCUAAGGCCUUUCGGGGCCUGGAGGAGUUCAAGGCGGAGUGGGAUCUCGAGGUCCCCCGCGCAACGGAGCGCAUUCGCGUUGGCAUGCCUUCGACAACUGUGACCGCCUCAUCAAGCGCCGCCCCGGCGCCGUCGGCCGCCGGUAACACGAGCGGAACGCUGAUCCUGGAGGCGACGCAGGAGUUCAUCACCUUCCUGGACGCUGUCAAGCUGGGCCUGCUCUCCAAGGACCAGCUGCAUCCCCUGCUGUCCGACGUCAUCCAGUCGGUCAACAAAGUGACGGACCGCGACUUCGACAAUAGGGGCAAGAUUGUGCAGUGGCUUAUCACUCUGAACCAGAUGAAGGCCACAGACGAGCUGAGCGAGCAGCAGGCCCGCGAGCUCGAGAUGGACAUCCAACAGGCUUACCAGGGCUUCAAGAGUACUCUGACGUAGAAAGAGCCAUCACGCAGGUAGCGUUGUUUUAGUCUUUUCGAAGAUAGAUACCAAUGAAGAACGGAGCUAUAGCAGAUUU